AUGAAGAGUAUUAAAAGAGGUAUAAAAUUUGAUGAAACUAGUUAAAUAAAUAUUUUAAAAUCUAUUUAGGUAGGUUACUCUAUGGCCUAUGCUUGUCUAGAUCUCGCCUACAUCCACUUUUAUAUUAUGUUUUUAUGCUUUACAUACAGAGCAUCGGAACAAAAGCAGUGGAGCGAUUAACCUAUCUAAUAUUACAAAAGAACCCUCAACGCGUAACCGCAAGCAAUCUAUUAAUUUGAAUAAAACGAGUUUGAGUUCACCUCGAAAUAUCGAUGACAAUCUACCUCACGAUAACGAACAAUAUGUUAGUCCGUCCGUAAGUAAUAUUGAUUUUACGGCAGACGUGCCCCAGCCUAAUUCUCAAACUAAACAGAAAGUAGAUCUUACGGCAGACGAUCGUAUGGCAGACGAGUCCCAGCCUAAUUCCCUAAUUAAACAGAAAGUAGAUCUUACGGCAGACGAGCCUCUGCCAAACCCCUUAAUCGCCCAGAAUAAAGAAAUUAACUUACCCAAGAACGGGAAUUCAAACUCGAAAACAAAAUUUAACCGCGUCAGUAACGAAGAUAAAAAUAACAAGUACGUCAACUCUCCCAAAAGCUCUAUCCCUUGCCCCUUUCUAUCCCGCCGAGGAUGGUGCGCUAAAGGGAACCGUUGUGAUUUUCAGCAUAAAGAGCCUGGUCGUGACAAACACAAAAUAUCCUGUCCUUUUCUACGAAGGAAUGGUUUUUGUUUGAAAGGGGAUCGAUGUGAUUAUUCUCAUAUCGGUUUUUCUCAUGGUAUGGUGGCUCCCAGACCCAGGAUGAACGCCACUGCUUAUCCAAGUUCUUCCCUACAUACCCCUAUCUAUCAAUGUGCUCCCCCUUUUCAACCAGAUACGAGACACAACACAAGGUCACCUUUUUUGUCCCAUUCCCCCUGGCCUAUGAUUCCUCCUUUCCCCCUCCCACUGAUGAAUGCUCUUACUUGGCCCCCGCUGACAUACUGAACAUCCACGAUCAUAAACUCAUGACAUCUCCCCCUUAUCAGGAAAACCUACAAAACAUAACGGUUAGAAUCACAAACAGAAGUUUUAACAAAUCUUAUAAAAUACCCUCAAGAACACACGGUAUUUUAAUUACUGUCUCAUUUAAAACCCAAAAUGAGAACAAAAAGACGUUCGUGCCCAAAAUAUUACUCACAAACACCAUGUCACUCACCCCUAAAAUUGACGAAGUCUCUUGUUUUAUGAAAAUUCACAAUCCAGACGCUGCUUGUAUCACCGAAACUUGGCUCCAUGGAUCAAUUGACGAAUCGUGUCUUUAUAUAGAUGGAUAUAAUUUCAUCUUCAAAAACCGUUCAGUGGGCUGUCAUGGAGGUGUGGGUUUAUAUAUUAAGAACUCAAUAUCCUUUGAAUGUUUAGACCAUCUACAGCAUCCCUUGUUAGAGGUUCUCUGGGUACGUCUUACUCCCAAAAGAUUACCCCGUGGAUUUACCUGUCUUGUAAUUGGCGUAAUAUACCACCCACCACGCGCCGAUGAUCAUGAAAUGCUCAGUUACCUUUCAAUAUCACUUACCACCAUUGAAAGCAAUUAUCCAGGCUGUGGUCUAAUGUUAUCAGGAGACUUCAACCAAUUAAAAGUUAACCGUUUACUGAACCAGUUUCAAUGCAAACAAAUGAUCAAUGUUUCUACCAGAGCUGACAAGACUCUUGACCUAAUUAUUACCAACUUAUACUCGUUUUACGCUAAAGACUCUGUAGAGAAACAUCCUCCCUUUGGCCUCUCAGAUCACAAUGUGGUCAUUCUAAACCCUAAAAACAGAUGCGAUAAAUCAGGUAGUCGAAAGGUCGUCAUAAGUAGAGACAUGCGUCCCAGUAAAAAGAGCGAACUCGGAAGAUACCUAACCUCCUGUAAUUGGUCCAUCCUAAAUCAUCUCGAAACCUGUGAAGAAAAACUUGAGCUUUUCACUGAUCUUAUUAACCUGGGUAUCAAUAUCCUAAUGCCCAAAAGAAGAAUAACACUACAUGUGAAUGAUCCCCCUUGGAUCACAGCUAAUUUUAAGAUUCUUAUAAAAAAACGCCAAGCAGCAUUUUCUAACGGCAAUAACGAACUGUUUAGGUAUUACCGCAACCGAGUUAAUCGCGAAAGAAAAAAAUGCCGUGAAAAGUUUUAUUCGUUGAAGGUUGAACAUCUAAAAAAGUCAAAACCAAGUCGUUGGUGGAAAGAAGUAAAACAGAUUGCUGGUAUGACCCCCUCAACGGGAGCGGAAGAUCUAUAUAACCAAAUUCACAUUGACGAUAUUGACCGGAAGUCUCCAAAUGAGAUUGCAAAUCUCAUAAACACAGCCUUCCUAGACCCCAUGAAAACUUACCAACCUCUUACUUCUCUUCCCUCCUACGAUCCAAAUGACUCUGUCCUCCAUCUCGACGAAUUUGAUGUGUAUAAAGGGCUUGCGUCCCUUAACCCCAGAAAAGCCUCAGGCCCAGACGGUGUUCCGAAUUGGGUGUUAAACGAAUAUGCAGAAGUCCUCGCCCAGCCUGUCAGUUCGAUUCUCAAUAGCAGUUUUAAUGAACAACGACUCCCUGCCUCGUGGAAAGCAGCUGAUGUUGUUCCAAUCAUAAAAACGAAACCGGUAACUGAAAUUUGUAAACAUUUAAGACCAAUAUCCCUCACCCCAGCCCUUUCUAAAGUAGCAGAAGAAUUCGUUGUUUCUAAAUAGAUAGGGCCAGCUAUUCUGUGUCAAAUGGACCCCAACCAAUUUGGAGUGAUACCAAAAUCCUCUACAUCUAUGGCAGCGAUAUCAAUAAUCCACAAUUGGUCCCAAUCAACUGAUGGCACUGGCGCAGCAGUCAGAGUAGCCCUGUUCGACUAUAAAAAAGCGUUUGACCUUAUUGACCAUUGUAUACUCGCUGAUAAAAUCUCCAGAUUACCAAUUCCGAAGGCAGUCGUACGCCGGACUAUUGAUUUUUUAUUGGACAGAAAACAAAGAGUUAAACUCGCAACCGACUGCGUUUCAGAGUGGGGUGCUGUCGCGGCUGGUGUCCCUCAAGGGACGAAACUUGGGCCAUGGCUUUUUCGAUGGAUGAUCAAUAAUCUUAAAAUCACUGAAGUAUCUACUUGGAAGUAUGUCGAUGAUACAACCGUUUCUGAGGUUGUUAAAAACGGCGAUACCAGCAAAGCCCAAGACGCAGUUACCACAGUAGAAAACUGGUCGAAUUCCAACAGAUUACUUCUUAAUGCAGAUAAAUGUAAAGAACUCCAAAUCGACUUUAAAUCCACGAAACAGAACUUCGACCCUCUUACAGUCUACGGGAAGAAAUUGCCGGUUGUCCAAAACGCUAAAAUUCUAGGCCUCACCAUCUCUAGUAACCUUAAAUGGACUAACCACAUUAACGAAGUCAUCAAAAAAGCUAACAAACGUCUUUACUUCAUUAUCUUACUUAAGCGCGCAAAAGUCAGUCCGAAAGACAUUGUAAACUUUUACUGUACAGUUAUCAGGCCCAUUUUGGAAUAUUGUGCCCCGAUUUUCCAUUACUCAAUCCCAUCCUUCCUGUCAGAAGAUCUUGAGACGGUACAAAAGCGAGCACUGAAGAUCAUUUUACCCGCGAACUCAUAUAGCGAAACUUUAGAAUAUUUCAAUCUUCAAACUUUGUUUCAAAGACGCGAAGAAAUGUGUAACAAACUUUUUACGAAUAUUACUAACAAUCCGACACACAAACUGCAUAAUUUACUGCCUCCCAAACAUGAGUCGGUUUACCAACUUAGGAACAAUAGACUGUUUGAACGAUUCGAAACUAAUACAGAAAGAUUUAAAAAAACUUUUAUUCCUAUGUCUAGUAACUUAAGUUAAUGUAAUUUUUAGUACUAAGCGUUUUAAUUAAUGACCAUUUGUAAAUAUGCCUAAUUAACCCAUAUUCUAUCUUUUAAAUAAUGUUUUAUAUACUCUUGUAAAUCACGCAAUUCAGCUGUCUAGCUGCAAGGUGAAUUUUAAAUACACUAUCUAUCUAUCUACACUAUCUAUCUAUCUAUCUUUCUUUCUUGAAAUUUACAAAAUCUUGCAAAAGCGAGCAAAAAUGAAAUAUAUUUGCCAGAAAUUUAUCAAUCAACAUAUCAAGAAAUGUUUGCUAUUUCGCUGUCGUCAUGCAGUCGUUAUAAUGCAAACUUUAAAUUGGACCAAUCACAAUGUUCGCUAUUCAUACGUGACAGUCCCCCAUAUUUUUGACAUCAGUGAGGAUGACCACCUACGCACAGUGAGCCACGCCCGCGAUCAUUGGUGAACUUUAGACUUCGCUAAUGCUUUCGUUUCCCCGGGUGUAAAUAGCCGGGGAGAAUUAGUACCCUUGCCACAAAAUAGAAAUAGAGCAGAAGCUUCACUCGAGUCGGAACCUUUGAAGUUUUUGUGCCGGCACAUGUUACUUCCGGAUCUUGGCCGCCAGGUUGAAAGCAACCAACUCUGGUCCAAAACAUUAUAAACUAAUAUGGCAAAACUUGUCUUUCAUAACUUUAAAUGGGUAUAUCGUCGUUAUUUUAUGGUGGAUGUCAUUGAAAUUUUCAGGACGUACAAAAGAAAGGUAGAUUAUUCAUUUUGUUAUAAUACAAGCUUAUUGAAUGAUGCUAAAAUUGUCAUUUUAAACGCAUUGCAAACUGUAUGUGCUGUUUUGGCACCGAUGGAUAUAUACGCAUUAUGUUGUUUUUCUGAGUGCAGUUUGAAACUAUUGCAACUACUAUUCUACUUAACUUGAAGAAAAAUGCGUCAUGUCUUGUUUUUAGAACGCAGUAGGUUGAACUUUUUUAAUUUUAGGCGCAUAUUAUACUGUGAAUAUCCUUAUAAUUCGUACUACUAUUCGUACUAAAUUAUAUACCUGAUUAGUGAAAGGGGAUGUGAUGUCUUUGUAUUGGGCUUCUUUUCUUAAUUAACAAAAACGUUUUUGGACUAAACUAAGUAAACUGCGCGAGUAGAAUCCAUUUUCACCAGAUCUGGUUUAUAGUUUGUAACUUUGAUAUUAAACUUUGAUUGCUGGUAACAGUAAUGAGUACGAUAUUUGUUCACAUCUGUAUCAAGCAAUUGAUGGUGGAGCAGACUAACUUGCCAGAAGUUACAGUUCAUGACCCAAAAUUGCAACACACCAAUCUCUUGUAGAUUUACUCAACAAGCAUCAUCUUAAUUAAUGAUUUCACCUGUUAUCAAUUACUAUCAGCAUUGUUAGGUUUACCAUCUUAGUGAAGGAGCGAGACUAAUUAAGUUCCAAAAUAAUAAAAUAUUGCACAUUCAAACUGUGUAGCUCAGUCUGGAAUGUAUUGGUCUUGUAAACCAGGGGUUGUGGGCUGCAUUCUUACUGUGGUAAAGUUGAUUUUUCAGCUUGCCUGGUAUAGAUUUACUCAGUGUAGCAACAUCUUAGUAAUUUCUCCUGUGUAUAAUUACCAUCAACAUUAGAUUUAACACCAGCCUUGUAUCUUACAGUUCAGUUCUUAUGUACUUUGGUGUAAAAGAUUUUAAGCAAUAUAACUUGUAGAAUUUAUAUUGCUUAAUUGUUUUGGCAACACAGCAUAUUGUCCAGUGCACAUGGUUAAAGAUGUGCUACCUUCAAAUAUUUUCUGUUCUUCUUUUUAGUGUUGGAAAGUUCACGAUUGGCAAAUUUCAAGCUGUAGUAAAUGCACAACCUCAAAAACAAUUUUUGUAUCUUUCAUGAUGUAGUCCAGAAAGCAGUUUCUUGGAACAUGAAGACUUUCAAAUGUGUUUUCUGUUUGAUCAAAGGCCUUAAAGAAACAAAACUGCUUCCUGUUAUCAUCUAGGUCAUUACAUUGGAUGGCAUUUGUGCAGAGGAGGAGUGGUCACUAUACCGUGAUGCAUUGCGAUUAAUCCAAUUAAUUAUAUAUUAUUCAUUUCCACGAGCGGGCGCUUAUUGUUCUCCUGACCUUCAACAUCAAAACAACAAGAGUGAGAUUAUAUGGCGGAUUUUGUAAAGCCGACCACCGCCAUAAAGCUUCAGUUUUGGAACGACACGAUCUUCUUUUUGUUCAUUGUGUAUCGUCAGAGCCUACGCUGUUGGUUCCUAUGGGUUAUCGUGUGUUCAGCUUUGAAUGCCGUGAGAUUCACAUCAGUUUUUUGGAUAGUUUGCAUAUCAGAAGAAUCGGUAUUUUAAUAAUUGUCUAUUUGUCUCUAAAAGUUGAUGAAAUAUUGCAAUAGCCCAGCAUUGAUAGAGAUACAUUCCAGUUGUGCUUUUAGGGUAAGUCGUUUGCUUUAAUCGUUAAAGCGAGUACAAAGGCAAUGUACCUACACAAUGCUUUUUCUAUGAUUCAGAUUUUUAUAGCCAAUGUUGGUAACAAUAUUUGUGCUUUCCAUUUUGAAUAUAUGCAUAUAGAGCUAAAAUAGUUUAAGUUUAUAGAGAAGCUUAGACUGUUCAUUUGGUUUGAUCAUAGAGGUUUGAUUACUUUGGUAUUUUAUUACUAUUAAAGUAAUUAUCCAUUGAAUUGCAUGAGUCACAUCAAUUGCACCCUACUUGAUUAUUUUACUCUGUCUCAUGCCAGAUUGUUUUACUGUCUAAUGGCAGCUGGCCUAUCUGCCCAUGUGUCUAGUUAACCCAUUGGCAUUGAGUCACACUGUCCCCGCAUGUGCCCUGCUUUAAUAUUUUACUUUGUUAAACUGAAUGUUGUUUUUAUGUUGCAGUUCUCUGACCUCAGUGAUCUCGGGGCAAGAUGGAACAGGACAAUCUCUUAUCUUUGAGAAUGUUAUUUUAUGGGAAUUCGAUAUUCUGCCAUCCCCACUUUCUCAAACAAUUCAACCUGGAGAUCCAGAUACUGUUAAUGAAGAGUUGGACAGUGUGCUGUCACCAAUAAAUUUACAAGGGCAAACUGGAUGUAACUGUGAUCUACAACCAAUAAAUUUACAAGGGCAAACUGGAUGUAACUGUAAUCUACAACCAAUAAAUUUACAAGGGCAAACUGGAUGUAACUGUGAUCUACAACCAAUAAAUUUACAAGGGCAAACUGGAUGUAACUGUGAUCUACAACCAAUAAAUUCUAUGUGCUAGGUGGAUAUUACUCCACAGUACAGCAUUGUUGAUUGUGAAAAGUGGACCAUGGGACAGAGAUGAUCCAAGAAACAAUUAUAACAGUCACAUGGAUUACUAG